CCUCGGCGACGCUCGACCGCGAACCUUGAUCCACGCGAGGAAAAUCGACGAAUCGAGGGAACGGCCACACUGGACCGGUCUGGAUCGUUUCAGUUUCGAUAUAACGACGCUCUCACGCGGACUAAUCGGAUUUUUUUCCCCGGAUCGCUCGAUCAUGGCGAUCCUGUGAUCUGGUGCAGUGGUCACAUUCUUAUUGGAAACAGUGUUUUCUCGUGUGCGUUCGUCUCCGUGAUUGGAGAGAUUGGAGAGGAGGUCUUUCCAGACCAGAGAAAAGAAAAGGUAGCGAAUUUAUUCGAAGAGAGAGAUCUGGAAAAGGCAAUAUGAAGAUCUUUUAUUGUUUUUUGAUGGUUGUGCUGUCUCGACAGGUUCUUUGUGGAAUUCUAAGGAACCCACCUGCCUUCUCGAAGCCAGUUUACUCGGAUUCCUAUCUUCCCGCAGCUAUGCAAGUGAUAUUCCACGCUGUCGAGCAAUUGAAACUGCUCCAAUCGGAAGAGAUUAUACACAGCUCGACCAACGCAGCAAAUCCCUCCACCUCGCCGGUCACCCUCCCAGAUCAAGAUCAACAAACGACGUCUCAAGAAGACUCUUCCACCUCGGCCACGACGACUCAAGAGGAGUCGAACGCGGAGGAGGAAGGAUCCACCAACUCGGAAGACUCGUCGAGGAACGAGGAGGAGCAAUGGCCGGGAAACAAGCCGGAAGACUGCAAGAUCGAGGAAGAAGCGAAAGCGGGCGAGGCAUCGACGGAAGGGUCGAAGGUCGAAUCGAAAGGUUCCAAAGUUGAGGGGACGAAGUUGAGCGGCGAAGAGAAGAAAGCGACAAAAAUGGACGAAACGGAAGCAGCAAUGGCGAAACCUGUAGAAUCGACGGAAGAUAGUCGCACGAGAGUGGUGGAAGAAUCGGCAGAGUUGAACGAGGAAACCCCAGAAGCGAACUACGCGACGCCGGAAACGAAUUACGAGAAACCGGAAGAGGUGCACGCCGUGGAAGAAACGAAUCAAGAAGUCGUGGAGGAGAAUCGCGAGGAAUGGGAAAUUUCCUCGGUCGAUACGGAAACGAGGGUGGAAGUGACGACGGCAGCAGCGUCGGCUAAUCCAACCGAUUCGGAUCGAGUAAGCAUGACUGGGAACAGGAGGAAGGAGCCGACCAUCGACAGCGUGGUCCAAGGCGUCUACGAGAUCUUGAAGCCUACCACGUCGAAAUUCGUGGACGAAGAACUGGUUUUCGAGGAGUCGAAAAGCAUCGAGGGGGCUUCGAUCGAGAAAAUGGAGAGGGCCGAGGAGGAGAGUGACGAGAAUAGGUUCACGCGUCUAGGCGAGAAGGUGACCCAAGUUCCAAGGCCGAGUUUGACCAGUUAUCUAAGACGUUCCAAAGUACCACCGAGUGCCACUCUUCAACAACUUGCAAAUCUUUACGACUCGUUGAGCAAGGAUGCUAGAAAACAGGGAUUUGGCAAAUAUACCGGAUACUCGGACGAAGUUCUCAAUACUUUGGAAACUUCUGCCGAGGGUGGUAUAGGGCCCCAGAUGAAGAAGAUUCUCUCCAAGGUGUUGGAACGGAACGAGUUGACCAGGGAGGACGCGAGAAUGAGGGCGUCACAGGCUGUUCGAGACCUCGACAAUCCUUCGAGCAUGCUCAACAAGGAUCUAAGAGCUGUGUUGCCUUUGCGUUAUUCCCCGUAAUCCUAGAUAUUAGAUGUAAUCGAUUCACACGCGUUCCACGAUUAAUUCGACACGUUGAUUUAAGGAUUUGUUAUUUUGAAGAGAAAAUUGAAUAUUCCGUAGCGUAGAGAGAUUGAUCGGAUAAAGUGGAAACGUCUGGUGGGUAAUACUCGUUUUGAUUGGAAAAUUUUAUUAUGGAUUAUUAUAUUAUUAUGGAAAUUGAAAAUUGUUGAAUAUUUUAAAUAGAAUUAAGUAAUUAUUUGAAUCUGAACCUGUUGAAAAUUUACAUUACACUUUCUUCAAGUUCGGUUGAUUUCGAGCGGUGAUAAUAUGUAAUGGAAAUAAAAUUUUAUUAUUUUCUUUUUGUAUAAUUAAUAAUUCAAUAAAACUUUUAUACAUA